AUGUCACAGACUCUUUCUCUUCAUAUGCACGACCGAUCUGUACCACUGACGUACCAGCACAAUGAUGAACGCAUUUCAUUGAACCCCUCUCGACGAGCAGGUCUUCCGAUGCCCAUCAACAUCAAUAUCGACCACUCGUUCCCUCCGGAAGUAUUAAUUUCUAUGACAACGAACCAACCCAUUGAGGUUUCGAAAUGGCCUUCAGCGCCAGGAAGUCUACCAUUUACAUACGAGGAGCAUGGAAGGAGGAGGGAGGAAGACCCCAUAAACUUUGAAGGCGAACCCACACUACGAAUAACAGGAGCCUUCCUGCAAGCAAUGACCCAAAGUUGGGCGUACAAAGCCCUGCGGAAGACAUUGAUAGAAGCACUCAAUACCACGAGAGAGCGUACUAUUCCCACUGUGGAAACUGUGGAGAGAGUAUGGAACACGCCCUACCUAACGACUUGCUCAACACCCGGCCAAAAAGAAGUCUGGGAACUCACGAGAAAGAUACUAGAACGUAGAAACACAUUCCUUGGCACCCACUGUCAACUGCAACAAUUUUCUCAUGCGCCGCCCUAG